ACGUGAUGGUGAUGAUGUCACUCAGCUGAGAGGAUAUAAUCACGUGGAACCGAAAGUGAAAGUAAAUCUGAACGAACUGCUCGACUCCUGAAACCAUCUUCAUGGGCUCGUUGUGAUCAGAAUCAGCGAAAAUGGCGACACUUCCUGAGCUGUCAGGGGACAAAGGGGAAAAAAACACACGAUGAAACCCAAAGAUGCUGAAUAAUAGGAUUGAGUAUAGUGAAGAAACAACAAUUCACAGACCUAAUGAACUGGACCCGAACAUUUAAAAGAACUGAUUUGACGCGUUAUAGCUGGAGCGAGUCUGUUUAUAGAAAAUGGCGGAACUGCCUAAAAAACAGCUGUCCAGACAAAGUCAAGUCACCUUUAUUUAUAUAGCGCUUUUUACAAUGCAGAUUGUAUCAAAUCAGCUUUACAUUGAUAACUGGUAAAUAAUUUUGGCUGCACAGCAGCUCUUAAAGAAAAUGGUGUCAGUAUCCAGCUUAAGUAAAUCCAGUAUUGAUUCAUUCCGAUGUAAGAAACAAUAGUUAUUAAUUUAGUUAAUUUAUCUAUAUCAGCACUGGAGUAAACAGUGUUGUCAUCAUCCAGUUCAGUUCACAUACAAUGGUGUCAAUGCAGAUCAAAGCACUGUUGAAUAUCAAAGGUCAAGUGUCCCUAGACGAGCAACAUUUUUUUCUUCUGUUUCCCACACCUGAACAUGGAUAAGAGGAGAAAGGGGUGGGGUGAGCUGGUUUGUUUUUUUUACCUUGCGCUCGAUCCGCCUAUAAAAGUGCCAGACUAUAAAAUAAAACCUGCAUGGCUCGUGCACAGGAAUCUCAUUCUCCUGUCAGGAUCCCUCCCUUACUGUCACCGAGGAAAGAGCCUCUUUAAGCUUUUCCUCAUUUGAGUUGAAUCAUGAAGAACGUCUCUAAGACGUGUGGAGAGAUUCAGACUGACGACGGGUUUGAAUACAGACUUCAGGCACUGAAUCAGACACUCAGUGGAGACUGUGAGCACAGCUGGUAUUCAGAGGACGGGCGUCUGUUAGCAGAUCCAUCGAAUCCACACAGACUGAUGUAUCCUGUGACGUCUGUAUCAUCUGAUCGACUCGUCACGUCUUACUGUGUGGAUGAACUUCGUUAUGAGAUUCAGUGUCAUUCUAAAAGAAUCACACACGAGACCAUGUUCAGAGUGUUUAACGACACAAACUCCAGCGGCGGAUCGACACAAACUCCAGAUUCACAUCAGCUGAAUUUACAUUUUGUGGCUUGUAUAGAUCAGUUCUGGUGGAUUUCUGCUCUUCUCAUCAUCAUGGUUGUUCUUCUGCUCUUGAUCUGUUUCAUGCUGCGUAAAAGGAUCUUCAGAUGUUUUCUGAAAGCAGAGGCGAGCGACAUUCAGCGCAAUGAUUCAGAAAUCAGGGAUCCUGAAUCUGCUGUCCAGAAGAAGCUCAGAUCUGAUGAAUCUGAUUCACUGAAUCAUUCUGAAUCUGAGCAGAUCAACAGCUCGUGUCCAGAGGAUCAUCCUGUCAUCACACUGAACGUCAUUCAUUAAUGGUUUCUGUGCGAUAUUUCAACACAGGCCUGCGUUUCCCACCAAUGGCCUCUACAAUCAACUAAGGCUUACGAUGCUUUUGGGAGAUUCAGCCCAGAUAGUUUCAAAGCAGAUUUACACUGAUAACAGGUUACUAAUGGACAGAGACAGCAGCUCUAGAGGAAAGUUAUUGUACAGUUUAAGUAGGUUUUUGAUUCAUUUCUGUUGUAAAAAUCAUUCAUGAACUUAGGAGCAGUUUACACAACACCAUUUUCAACUGAAAACAAAAAACUUCUCUGUAUAGAUCUGUGUGAACAGGACUCAUUUUUGUCAACUGUACAGAGGAGAAACUGACCAACAUUUGUUUUGUUGUUUUGAAUAAAAGAGUUAGUUCACCCCAAAAA